CGGGCCUUUGGAAAGCAGGAAUGCGCUGCUGGAAGUUUUCCUGCAGAAAGCUCUCCUUCACAUGUUGAGGAGCGUCCGUCCCCGCGUCUCAAUAUGGAUAUGUGGCCGCUGGUGCUCCUGUUUGUUCAGCUCUGCUUCUGCUCCGGGUAUGAAGGGUCAGGACAUUACGCCUAUGGAGACGAUGAGGACUCGCACUCUCGUAGAUAUAAAGGGACACCAUGGUGUGCCCCCAUCAAGCUGAAACAUGGUGACGUGAGUUGUCGCACACCCAGAGGGGAGCACUACAGGAACGUGAUGGGGACUCGCUGUAAAAUCCGCUGCAAGCAGGGAUACGAGUCUCAGAGCUCAGAGGUGGUGUGUAUGGCCACCAAACACUGGUCAUCAAACUACGCCUGCAGAGAGGUUCGCUGUGCCAAGCCGGACAUGCCUAUUAACGGCGGCUACAAAUGUUCCGAUGGCUCCUACUUCAACUCCCGCUGUGAGUUUUUCUGCUCCCCUGGAUUCAGCAUGAAGGGCCAGAAGACGGCGACCUGCCAGCACACCAAGACGUGGAGUGCUGCAGUCCCCACCUGUGUCGAUAUGGAGCCUCCAAAGAUCAAGUGUCCCAAUCUGAAGGAUAAGUGGGCCGAGCCAGGAAAACUGACAGCGAGGGUGACCUGGGACACACCGGAGGGUGUAGACAGUGCAGAUGGCAUCCUCACAGAUGUUAUCCUGAAAGGAAAACCUUCAAAAUCAAACUUCCCUGAGGGACUCCAUAAGAUGUCCUACACUGUGUUUGACCGAGCGGGGAACAAAGGAUCCUGUCGCUUCACUGUCAGAGUGCGAGUCCGCCGCUGCAGCCCACUGUUUGCCCCCGACAACGGUUAUAUGAAGUGUGACAGCGACAACGACAACUACGGGGCCUCGUGUGAGUUCACCUGCACAGGCGGCUACGAGCUUCAGGGCAGCGCUGCCAGAGUGUGUCAGUAUGGACUCACAUGGUCCGGCUUGGAUACCAACUGUGCACCCAUGAACAUUAACGUGGGAGUGCGUACAGCUGCUGCACUGCUGGAUCAGUUCUACGAGAAGCGACGGCUCCUCAUUAUCUCGGCGCCAACAGCUGCCAAUCAUAAUUACCGCUUCCAGAUGACCAACCUACAGCACGCUCAGUGUGGACUCGAUCUGAGACAUGUGACAGUCAUUGAGCUGGUUGGGACUUACCCAGCACAGAUUGGCCGAAUUCGUCACAGGCUGCUGACCCCGGCUCUGGCCCUGCAGCUCAGGUUACUGCUGCAGAUUCCUCAACGGUCUUUCCAAAUGGUUCUGGUCGACAAACAGGGCAUGGAUAAACAACGCUACCCGUUCCCGAUCACAGCGGCUGAAUUAUUAACCACCAUCGACACCCUCCCACUCCGCAAGGACGAGAUGUUGCUCCAGCAGGAGGCGGGGCAGACCUGUCAAUCAUAAAAACCUUUACACAGACUCUCAGCCACAUUUCUGCUCAGACCAUCUUUUUUUUAUACCCACGACACACACUCCUACCUGAACUCAUCCAGUCCUGUGUCCAGAAGGUGUGUGUGUGCGUCUGUGUGUGCAUGUGUGUGUGCUGUCAAGAUGUCAGUCUUGCACUGGUCUGAAGCGAGCAGAUUUAUCAAAGAGAUAACUUAAUGAAAUGGGUCAUACAGCAGUUUACAAUCAUAUUGAUUCCUGUGUCUUGUCUGUCUGUAUGUUUUUUAUUAUUAAUAUUUUCAAAGCAGAUUACUAUUUUCUACAAGAGUCUUUUUUUUUUUUACUGUAUGAACUCCAAACUCUUCACCUGUCUUAUAUUUAUGUCUCAAAUUUCAAAUAAUGAUGUAUUCUGACUCUGUGGAAGAAUGUUUUAUAUACGUGACAUGACAGUGAUGCUGCUUCUGUUAGCACGCUGCCUGAAUUCACAAAACACUGAUUAAAUGUCUAUCAUGGA